CCAACUAACCAACCAACCAACCAAGGAGAGAAGAUCCUCUCUAUGACAGAGUUUCAUCUACAAAGCCAAAUGCCCUCAAUAAGACUCAUCUUCAGAAGGCUGUCCUUAGGCAGAAUUAAACCCAGUCAGAGCCCCAGGUGUUCAACCUCAUUUAUGGUGGCGCCUUCUUUCUCCAUCGCAGAGUACUGGAGAAGGAUGAAAGGGGCAAACCUGAGCCAAGGGAUGGAGUUUGAGCUCUUGGGCCUCACCACUGACCCCCAGCUCCAGAGGCUGCUCUUCGUGGUGUUCCUGGGCAUGUACACCGCCACUCUGCUGGGGAACCCGGUCAUGUUCCUCCUGAUCCAUGUGAGUGCCACCCUGCACACACCCAUGUACUCCCUCCUGAAGAGCCUCUCCUUCUUGGAUUUCUGCUACUCCUCCACGGUUGUGCCCCAGACCCUGGUGAACUUCUUGGCCAAGAGGAAAGUGAUCUCUUAUUUUGGCUGCAUGACUCAGAUGUUCUUCUAUGCGGGUUUUGCCACCAGUGAGUGCUAUCUCAUCGCUGCCAUGGCCUAUGACCGCUAUGCCGCUAUUUGUAACCCCCUGCUCUACUCAACCAUCAUGUCUCCUGAGGUCUGUGCCUCGCUGAUUGUGGGCUCCUACAGUGCAGGAUUCCUCAAUUCUCUUAUCCACACUAGUUGUAUCUUUAGUCUGAAAUUCUGCGGCGCUCAUGUCGUCACUCACUUCUUCUGUGAUGGACCACCCAUCCUGUCCCUGUCUUGUGUAGACACCUCACUGUGUGAGAUCCUGCUCUUCAUUUUUGCUGGUUUCAACCUUUUGAGCUGCACCCUCACCAUCUUGAUCUCCUACUUCUUAAUUCUCAACACCAUCCUGAGAAUGAGCUUGGCCCAGGGCAGGUUUAAGGCGUUUUCCACCUGCGCAUCCCACCUCACUGCCAUCUGCCUCUUCUUUGGCACAACACUUUUUAUGUACCUGCGCCCCAGGUCCAGCUACUCCUUGACACAGGACCGCACGGUUGCUGUCAUCUACACAGUGGUGAUUCCAAUGCUGAACCCCCUCAUCUACUCUUUGAGAAACAAGGAUGUGAAGAAAGCUUUAAUAAAGGUUUGGGGUAGGAAAACAAUGGAAUGAUUUCUCAAUGCAUUACCACAUAUCUUUAGAAAGUCAAGGGAACUUUUACCUUAGGUGGUGUCACCCUGAGCA